AUGACUCGUCUUUCGUUUUUGACUUCUUGCUUACACAAGUUCCAUUUUCUAUCUGUUUGCUGUUCUUUACAUUUCUUCACUUUAUCUAUUUCUUUCUUCCUUUCUGCUUCAAUAGCCCUGUUUCUCAAUUUCCAACAACUCAUUCUAACUUUUUCACUCUUUUUCGAAAAGUGCGCACACCAAGGUAUCUUCUCUCUGUCUCUCUUCCUGUCUCCCUCUUUCUCUCUCUCUCUCGCCCUCUCUCUUUCUCUCUCUCCCCUUUCAUUUAUAGUUUUUCUAUCUCCCUCACGUACACCCGCACUCUUUCUCUUUGCUCGUAUUUUUCCUGCUUCUCUAUCUCUCUCACUCUCGAUGGUUACCCAUAUUGAAUUAUCUAUCUUCCGCUCUCCUUUUUUACGACCGUCUUUCUUUUUCUCUCUGUUUUUCUAUAUGAAUCGUUAUGAAUAUCAGCCUAUCCCUCUCUCUAAUAUUUAUUCUCUCUCUCUCUAUCUCUCUCUCUCUCUCUCUCUCUCUCUCUCUUUUAAGCCCUACAUAUUUCUAUUAAUGUUCUCUCUUUUCAUCUGUCUUUCUCUCUCUAAAUCUUUUUGCAUAUCAGACUGCCAACUCGCUCUUUCUUUCUCGAUGGUUACACAUAUCUAUCUUCCUCUCUCCUUCUUUUUGAAAAUCUCCCUAUCUUCCCUUCUUCCUCACCCCCUCUCUCUCUCUCUCUCUCUCUCUCUCUCUCUCUAUCUCGAUAUCUCGAUAUCUCUUAAAAGCUUCUGA